GAGGGCUUGUGCUUUGCGCGGUGCCGGUUCACGCGGCUCAUGGCGGCGAUGCAGCUGGCGAUGGUCGUGCUGGUCGUGGUCAUCAGCAUGGCUAGCCUCCACCGUUUCUACGCCACCCACAGCCUCCUCCCGGGGCUCGCCUCCGUCGCCGACCCCGCGCGCUGCAGCAGCAAGUUCCACACCGACGACACGGCUGGCUUCUCCAGCAGCUUCGACGUCCGCGCGCUCGCAGACCGCGUGGACGAAGUGCUGGUCCAGCUCGCCGAGCUCCAGGACAAGCUGGAGGCCACGGCGCUGAAGGUGGCGAAGCAGAGCAAGAAGAGCAAGGCCCGGCGCAGGCCGCAGGAGAACAUGACGAUGCCGGAGUUCCGGCGGUUCCUGGAGGACGAGGUCAUCCACCCGCUGUACAGCGCGCACAUCGCGCUCCGGCUGAUCCGCAUCCCGCGCCCGCCCGACGAGGGAGGGGACGGCGGCGACGCCUCCUCCUCCUCCGGCAUGGACCCGCUCGUCAACUUCUUCGCGUCCGAGGAGACGCGCAAGUACGUGACGGCCAAGGGCAAUCGCGACGGCCUGCCCAGCGUGUACGGCACGAACCGGACGUACGGCAGCGUGGGGCACGCGUGCGUGCUGAUGCGGCGGGAGCUGGAUGAGUACAUGAGCUACGACGUGGGCGCGCGCUGCCCCGACGACUGGGACCUGGGCCAGCGCCUCAUGCUGGGCGGCUGCGACCCGCUGCCGCGCCGCCGCUGCCUGGCCCCGGCCUCCAAGCUCUUCCGCCGCCCGCUGCCCGUCAACGAGUCGCUCUGGACGCUGCCCGACGACGGCAACGUCCGGUGGAGCCACUACCACUGCCGUGGCUACAGGUGCCUGUCCGCCAGGAACCAGCGCCGCGGCUACGACCGCUGCGUGGGGUGCUUCGACAUGGACCGCGAGAGGCAGCGGUGGGCCAACCGCACCGCGUCGUCGUCCCUCGCCAACUUCCUCGUCGACGACGUGCUCGCGGCGAAGCCAGGCGAGGUGCGCAUCGGGCUGGACAUGAGCGUGGGCACGGGCAGCUUCGCGGCGCGCAUGCGGGAGCGCGGCGUGACCAUCGUGUCGGCGGCCAUGAACCUGGGCGCGCCGUUCGCGGAGACGAUCGCGCUGCGCGGGCUGGUGCCCCUGUACGCGACCAUGAGCCAGCGGCUGCCGCUGUUCGACAACACCAUGGACCUGGUGCACACGGCGGGGCUCUUCGAGGGGUGGGUGGACCUGCAGCUGCUGGACUUCGUGCUCUUCGACUGGGACCGCGUGCUCCGCCCCGGUGGGCUGCUGUGGGUGGACAAGUUCGCCUGCGCGCGCAAGGACCUGGACGACUACAUGUACAUGUUCCUGCAGUUCAGGUACAAGAAGCACCGCUGGGUCGUCUCCUUCAAGUCCAAGGACGAGGUCUACCUCUCCGCGCUGCUCGAGAAACCGCCGAGGUCAUGAUCAUAGAUCAUCAUGCACGCAUCCAGGUUCUUUAAUUAGUUUGUAAACUAGGUCUGAUCGUCCAAUCAAGCUAACUUGUCGGACAAUAUAAUAAGUAACUGCAAAGGAGAUUUGGAUGUGUGUUCUCCC